AUGUCCACCUCCACAGAACCUUGGGUAUCCUCGACCUCAACCGCCUUAUACGGCAGCAAAAGCCUCCGUCUUUACAUCUGGGGAGCAACGCCAACACUCCCCUCUCUCGAUCCUACCUCACUCUACGCCGCUACCAUCCUCUAUGCUACUUUCUCCUCCAACCCUCAAUUCCAGAUUCAAUUGGUUUCUGCUACGACUUCACUCCUCCGCGUACCUUUACUGCAGGUGCUGGACGAGAACAAUCUCACCUCUAAGGUGCACACUUCGAUCGAAUCCAUUCUCUCAUUUUGCGUCGCUUUCGGUCUCGAUUCCGCCCUUCAAACCGAUGCUGAACUGAACGCGAAGACGUUAGCACUACACGCAUUGCUAGACGACCAACUACUAGACCUAACCUUACACUCGCUAUUCUCCCUUCCACCUAACUAUCGCACUACCACUGCUCCGGCUUAUUCCUCAAUCGGCCCACUCGAUUCCAACCCCAGCAGCUCAACCCUGGCGAAGAUUGCUUCUUUACCACUACGAUUCCAACCGAGCAUUCCCUCCCGGUUGCGGAAUGCAGUAGAAACGCGCUUGACCGCAGUCGGGUUGUGGGGUCUUGGCGGAAAAGAAGCCUCUGCUCAAUCUGGUCAAGCAGAUGAUCUUGCAGCUCGAGCAGGCAUCAUCCCAACCAAAAAGCGCGGGUUGGCAGCAACACAGAAGGAGGUGGUGAGGGAGGAGUUUGAGAAAUCCAAACUCACCCGUCAAGCCUCUGAAGUGCUAGAGGUGCUUGAUUCUGCACUGGAAUCGAAAGUGCUAAGCAGGGGUGAGGUGGGGAGUCUAGAUGCCAAAGUAUUUUCCUACCUCGCCCCACUACUUUUGGCUCAUCCAAAACUACCUAUCGACAUCUUACCCCGCCUGAUCUCAACUCGGUAUCCGAAACUGGUUGAGUAUCUAUCUCAAACGAAAGAGAAGCUAUAUCCGGAAGGUGGAGUACAAUGGUUGAGUCAGUCAGAAGCAAUUAAAACCCCACCCACAACAGUGGCAGAAGGAGGAAGUGGAGGGGAAGGGGGAGGACUGUGGAGUUACAUCUGGCCUUCGUUUGGAGGAGGAGGUUUGGAAUCAAAGGCAAGUUUCACCACCAAUACCCUACCACAGGCCCAAUAUCAGUCCAACCAAAGCAGUGGUGCGAGGAGGAAACCGAAUUCUUCGGCUUCACCGGAAAAUAGCAAGUUGAAGUGGGGUAGAGCAGUGUGGAUCUGUUCAGCGGUGAUUGGAUUGGUGGGGUAUACGUUUGCUAGUGGAAUUGUGAGUGUUCGAAUCGUUUCCCCGGACGAUAUUGAGGAGGAGGAAGGAGAAGAAGAAGACGAAGCAGAGGAGGAGGAUGAAGAGGAUGAGGAGCAAGGGUGGCAGUUCCAAUCGGAAGAAGACAUGGAAGACGAACUUGAAGAAGAGAUGGAGAUGGACGAAGAGGAAGAAGACGAGUACUGA